AUGACUACUGCCUUGGAUAAAUUGUACGGCAUCACCAAUAUCAAAUCGUAUGUUCCUCUCAUUCUUGAUCUUGACAGGUUAAACAAUGAUGCCAGGCGCGCGUUCUUCAAAAAUCAUUGCAUUGCCUAUAAGGUUUUUGGCCACCUUGAUGGCACCAACCAUAAUCCCGAUGAUCAAGAUUGGUCUCAACUUUGGAAGGCUAUUAAAGAUCUUUUCUGUGACAACAAGGAAGCAAAUGCCAUUGAACUCGAGAACCAACUGCGGAAUAUUACUAUAGGCGAAUCCACUGUCAUGGAGUAUUACACAUGCAUCAAAUCAAUUUCUGAUCUCUUAGCUAACAUCAGUUCCAAAGUUCCUGAAAGAACCCUAGUUACUUAUGCCAUCAAUGGGUUAUCUUCCAAAUUUGACCACAUCCCCACUACCAUCCGUCACAAGACUUUGUUUCCAACUCUCCUUGAGAUGCGUUCGAUGUUGUCAAUUAAAGAAAAAACUGUGCAGAAUCAACUCAGUCGAAUCCCUCAUGCAUCUCACAUGGACUCAUCUUCUCCUCAUCAUGUUUGA